AUGCUGAGCUCAGUUCGUUGUGGACUAGUCAUGCGUAGAUCCAGCGUGCUUCGUAAUUCCAGAGGUUAUAUUAUCAAGAGAUUUCAACACACAGAUGUACCUUUAAAUGCAGAAGUUGAUCAAGAUUUGUUGCUUGUUCGUCAAAAGCAAAUGAAUGAUAGUAUAUCAACCAGAUUGAAAUCGUUAAGGGAGGUUUCAGUGGAUGACUUAAAUGAUUUACAAAAGGUGCUGGACAAUCCAUUAACUGCUAAGGAGAAACAAUUAGAUGAAGAAUUAACAAGUUUUCUCAAUGAAUUUUCCUCUUCUUCCUCUUUAGGGUCCAGUCAACCUUCUCUAUCUACCGAUAAUAAGGAAACUGUAUCUAUAAGAGGACAAUUAGAACAAUUCCCAUUUUUGGAACCAUCUGCAAAUGACAAGCCAUACACUCCGCAAGAAUUAUUUUUAAGACAGUUGAAACAUGCUAAACAAAGUGCACGUCUUGGUGCGGAUGUAACAAAAGUGUACAAUCCAAAUACACAUUUGACUAAGCCAUUAUCUAUUGACCAGGUCUCUAUUACGAAGUUGAUGGAAGCUGGAGUCCAUUUAGGUCAAUCAACUUCCCUUUGGAGAUCAUCUACACAACCUUUUAUUUACGGUGAAUAUAAAGGUAUUCAUAUAAUAGAUAUGAAUAAGACUUUAUCAUAUUUAAAGAGGGCCUCUGCAGUUAUUGAAGGGAUCGUAGAGAGAGGAGGUAUUGUUUUAUUCUUAGGGACUAGAGAAGGUCAAAAAAGACCUCUUGAAGAAGCUGCUAAGAGAGUAAAUGGUUAUUAUGUCUCUACUAGAUGGAUUCCUGGUACUUUAACAAAUCCAACAGAAAUUAGUGGUGUUUGGGAAAAGCUUGAAGUUGAUAUGUCUGAAAAAUCAACAGGUAGAUUGUUAACUGCCGAUGAAAAUGCUAGUAUUGUGAAACCUGAUCUAUUAGUUGUGCUAAAUCCAACUGAAAAUAGAAAUGCUUUGAAUGAAGCCAUGAAGACUAGGGUUCCAACUAUUGGUAUUAUUGACACGGACUCAGAACCUUCAUUUGUCACAUAUCCAAUUCCAGGUAAUGAUGAUUCAUAUCGUUCAAUAAGUUUGAUUUUGGGGGUUUUAGCCAAAGCAGGUGAAAGAGGUUUAAAGACUCGUUUGAAUAAAUUGAACUCUGAUAAGCGCUAG